AUGGGCCUGGAGGCAAUUGUUCACGACGCGGCGGUCGAUAUCAAGACGUAUCUUUCCGAGAGCAAUCUUGCGGCUGCAAAGAUCACCGGUUCAUCAGCGAAGGAGCCGCCGCCGACGAGGACGACUCGUACUACUACCAGUGCUAGUGCCAAAGGAAUGGACCCUUGCGUCUACGACGUGAUGAAGAAUCUGAGGGCGGCAAAGGCCGCGCAGGCGUCGGGAGUUACGGUGAAGAGUGAGCCUGACAGCGAUACGCCGCUGUCCGGGAAGAAGAGGAAGGUGACGGAGGACGCCGCGAAGCAGGGUCCGUCGCGCCCUGAGCCGAGCACGCCACAUGGUCAUGCCCAAGGCUCGCUGUCUGGCGUGUCACCUUUCCCGCCGGGCUUCUCCACCCACAAGUCAUCGAAGAUUACCCGUGAGCCUGACGGCACCUCCGACUGGGAGAGCACACGGCAGAUGCUGCAGAGCAUCGUCACGCCGGCGCUAGAGCAGACGUUCUCGGCGGCGAAGCCCUCCGACGUCAUCGCCUCGAGCUACAUGACAGCGCUACAGGCCGCGAACUACGCGUCGUUCUCGCUGGGCUACGCGCUGGAGCUCGAGGAGAAGCUCGCGGCGAGGGAGCGCGAGGCGGACGCGCUGCGGCAGGAGCUGUCCCAGGCCAAGGCCGAGCUCGCCGGCGCGAAGAAGGCGGCCGCGGAGGAGCUGAGGAGCGCCGCGGAGGCUGCGGUGCUCGAGUUCCGGGGCUGCACGGAGCAGGUGAACCGAUUCGCCGAGCAUGCACUGGCCGGGUACGAGAAGGGUAUGGAGGAUAUGAAACGUGCCGUGCUGCGCCGGUACCCGCACCUCGACCCGGAGCAGCUCGUCGUGCCGGCGGACGGCGGCGGAGCACAGUAA